AUGAAAGAGGCCAUCAGCCAGCAAAAGUCAUUAUACAGGACUCAGCAUGGCCUCAAGGAUCUCCAGAAAAAGUGGAAAAUAGAGAAAAAUAGCAAUCUAUCUACGCCUAGUCUGGAUCUUGCCUACCUGUUUCCAGGGAGGGAAAUGAUGGAUUUCCUCGUCCAUCAGUACUUCGAGACAUUUGAAAGCUUUUAUCGAAUCCUCCACAUACCCAGCUUUUGGAAAGAAUAUGCUGAGUUUCUAGAAGAUCGCAGAUCUGCAAGUCCUGGAUUUGUGAUGACAGUAUUACUGGUUAUGGCCUGCGCAAGCUGCAUCUCCCGGAAAGAGAGCAUUCGAUAUAUUGGGGAUAGCUCCCUGGGACGAGAACGUGCGACAUUAUGGAUUGAAGCCGCAGACUCUUGGCUACGGCAUCACAGCCACAAGAAUGUAUAUCUUGCUGUAUGGCAGGUGCGCUGUCUCCUGCUUCUAGCCAAGCAAGUGAAUAUCGUCAAGAAAAAGAGAUUUUGGACCGAGACAGGCACGCUGAUCAGAGAAGCGAUGGCCGCUGGCUUUCAUCGAGACCCGAGCAUUCUCGGCGACAAGGUAUCUAGAUUUGAUCGUGAAAUGCGGCGCCGGUUAUGGGGCACCAUGCUUGAACUGGAACUUCAAGCGUCGAUCGACCGAGGCAUGAUCUCGACGUCUUCUAGCAUGUCUGCCGAUGCUAAGAUUGCACUGAAUAUCGAAGACGAAGAUCUGUCUGAUGAGACAGGUAAUGAGGAAAAGGCUAAACCGCCAGGCGAGUAUACUCAAACUUCAUUCCUCCAUCUAUCGGGGACUAGUUUCCAACUACGCGCCUCCUUGAAUUCGGUCGUGAACGACUUGAAUACCCCAUUGAAAUACGAGGAGGUGUUGAAAUAUGAAGAGCUCAUCAUGAAUGAGCUUAAGAAGCUGCCCCCGUGGACUCGAACCCAACCACCUAGCGGUGCCGGUCUGUCCCUUGUGGCUCGAACGUUGCUUGAUGUUCAACUCAGACAGUUCCUUAUUAUGCUUCAUGGGCCCUUCGCCCGCCAAGAGGAGAGAACAACCCGACAUUCGCUUUCUCGCAUGGUCUGCUUUGACGCAGCGGCUAGUAUUCUUGACCAGUACAAGCGACUGAAUGACCUUCUGUUGAGUGCAAGCAUUUCUGCAUUUGCUGAAUAUAUUGACCAUUCUCUUGCCAUGUUAGAAGACCGGAUCAUCCAGCUUGGAACCGGCUAUACCCAUUACUGGUAUAUCUCGGCUGGAUGUGCUCUCCUCCGUUCAGCAAGCUCCCCUGACAGCUCGCUCGUAGAGAAUCAACAAGCCAUCGACCGAGUUGCUCGGCAAUAUUAUCGAGUGUUGGCAUCGCAAGAUGAUAUUCAUCUGGCAAAAGAAAAGGUCCUCAAUAUGCCGGCAGAUCAGGUUAGUGGCACACAUAACUUGUUCGAGGAUUUGACUAACUCGUGUCACCCUGUGUUCACUGAACUCCAGCUCGACCAGUCAGCAGCUGCCCUCCCAAUGAUGGGUACUUUUGAGUCGUUAUACCCCGAUCCAAGCACUUUGAAUGUGAGUCUUCUCCUCCUUCCCAGGAAUCAGUCCUGA